CGGAACUGCAACCGGAAAUGUUUGUUUAUUUUUCACACAAUAUUAAAAUGUUGCUUGCUUGUUAGCUAUCCAAAUAUAUCUGUAAAAAGGUGUCUUGUUGGAAUAAAAUUGGAAAAACAUGAAUAAAAGUGUUUUUCUAAUAUCAUGUAACGUUGAUCGGCGACACACUUCGGAUAUAACAUUCAAGCGCGUAGUAGAGCACUGACACGCGGGAAGAAAGCGCGGAAACAGUCAAGAACAGGAGGAUUGUCUGCCAACAACACAUCCUACCAGUUAGCUAGCAAGUAGCAAGCUAACCUUUCCCCCACCCAGUUUACAGAAAGGAUUGAUUCAACCAAUCUCUGAAGAAUGGAGGAAUAUAAGGAGAAUAUUCAAGACAAGGGUGGCAAUGUGAAAUUGUCCUCUAAACCCGAGGAAGAUGACAAGUCUUGCAGCAGAGUCAGAGUUUGUAGUAACAUCGGUGAACCCGUCCCUCAAGCAUCUCCUACUCAUGGCGAGUUCAGUGAUCCUGUUUACAAAGAGAUUGCUCUUGCAAAUGGACAUAUCAAUCGCAUGAACAAGGAUGAGCUUCGGGCCAAACUGGCAGAGUUGAAGCUUGACACAAGAGGUGUGAAGGAUGUAAUGAAGAAGCGGUUGAAGAACUACUACAAGAAACAGAAGCUGUCGCUGAUGCAGUCUGUGACAGAGGGUGAAGCCACGGAUACCUACUAUGACUACAUCUGCGUGGUGGACUUUGAGGCAACAUGUGAACAGGACAACCCCGCUGACUUCACUCAUGAAAUCAUUGAGUUCCCAAUGGUCCUGCUCAACACGCACACCUUAGAGAUUGAGGACACCUUUCAGGAAUAUGUCAGACCAGAAGUCAACACACAGCUGUCAGAGUUCUGCAUAAAGUUGACAGGGAUAACACAGAAAAUGGUGGAUGAAGCAGACACGUUCCCUGAUGUCCUUAAGCGGGUGGUGCUUUGGCUUCGGGAGAAAGAGCUUGGCACAAAAUACAAAUACACCAUUCUUACAGACGGAUCUUGGGACAUGAGCAAGUUCAUGAACACCCAGUGCCGUUUAAAUCGGCUCAGAUAUCCACAGUUUGCAAAGAAGUGGAUCAACAUCAAAAAAUUAUACGGGAACUUCUAUAAGGUCCCUCGUACCCAGACCAAGCUGAGCAGCAUGCUGGAGAAGCUGGGACUUCAAUACGAGGGCCGCCCUCACUCUGGCCUGGAUGACUCGCGCAACAUCGCCCGGGUUGCGCUGCGCAUGCUGCAAGACGGCUGCCAACUGCGCGUCAACGAGCGCAUGCACGAAGGACAUCUGCGGACUGUGCCCAGCUCUGCCCCUUUGGAAGGAGCACCACCCCCACAUACCCCCCGCAGCAGAGACUAGCCCUCGGCUCCGCAUCCCCUGGCUCUGAGACUUCUGCAUUGAGGCCUUCAAGCAGGCAUCCCAUGUCUGUUUUACCCCCAUGGCUUAAAAAUCAUAGCACUUUUCCCACUCAAUCUAAGAGUCCGUUUUUUUUGUCCCAAAUUGUGGGACUGUGUGGAUACAGUUGUUUAAUUGGACUAGUUGUGCCACUUACCACAAUGCUAAUUUUGUUGCUGCCUUUUGACAGCCUCUGUAGAUUUUUACAGUAGGACUAAGACAUUGUCUGCUAAGGAUUUUCUUUAACGAAUGAUUUUUAAUUUGGUUCGUCUUUCAUAUUGUCUGAAAACAAAAACAACCUGCUGCUAACCCUCAGGCUGUGUUUAUACAGGCAGCCCACUUUGGAUCUUUUGCCACUAAUUAACCAUUUGACCAAUCAGAUCAGAUCUUUUGCCAAUAAUUGGGCAAAAUAUCUGAUUUGGGCUGCCUGUGUAAAGCAGCCAAAUGUAAUUGACUGUCUGUUAGAGGCCUGACUUGAGUCUUUUAUUUAUUUUUUACAGAGCACACAAGGCCUUUAAAACCAGUUCAAGACAAUUGAGGAUAUGUCAGCUUUAAGUUUGGUGUAAGCAAUGCAUAUACUUUGUGAUUUACAUUUACAGGAUACAAUUUUGCACAAGUUCACAUGCAAACAAUGUAUGAACUAUUUAGCUAUUGUCUUAAACCAUUUUUUUUAAUACUAAUAAAUAUUUCUAAACCCCA